AUGGGUAAAAGUAGUAAGGAUAAGAGAGAUUUGUACUACAGAAAAGCCAAAGAAGAAGGUUGGAGAGCUAGAUCUGCUUUCAAACUAUUACAAUUAAAUGAUCAAUUCCAAUUGUUUAAAGGUGUUAGAAGAGUUGUUGAUUUAUGUGCAGCUCCAGGUUCAUGGUCCCAAGUGCUUUCAAGAGAAUUAUUUGAAAAAAAUCAAUAUACCGCAAAUGACGAGAUCCCACCAAAAAUCGUUGCAGUGGAUUUACAACCAAUGGCACCAAUUGAUGGUGUUACAACAUUACAAGCUGAUAUUACACAUCCAAAAACUUUAAGUAAAAUUUUAGAAAUCUUUGGUGGUGAACCUGCAGAUUUUGUUUGUAGUGAUGGUGCACCAGAUGUUACAGGUUUACAUGAUUUAGAUGAAUAUAUUCAAGCUCAAUUAAUUCUUGCUGCAUUACAAUUAACUACAUGUUUAUUAAGACCUGGUGGUACAUUUGUUGCAAAGAUAUUCAGAGGUAGAGAUAUUGAUUUAAUGUAUUCACAAUUAGGUUAUCUUUUUGAAAAAGUUAUUUGUGCAAAACCAAGAUCUUCAAGAGGUACUUCAUUAGAAGCUUUUAUAGUAUGCUUAGGUUAUAAACCAAGUUCUCAUUGGAAACCAACUUUGGAUCCAAAUGUUUCAACUGAAGAUUUUUUCAAAGGUGCAAAUAUUGGUAGAUAUGAAUUAAAAGAUGAUUUAACUUAUGAAGAAGAAAAAAGAAAUGUUGCUCCUUUCAUUGCUUGUGGUGAUUUAUCAAGUUAUGAUUCAGAUGCAACUUAUACUAUAGAAUCUAAUGUUGAUAGAAUUUCUUUAGAUCCUGUACAAAGUCCAACUGCUCCACCUUAUAAAAAAGCUAUAGAGAAGAAAAGAAAUGGUGAGAUUAAAAGAUGA